AUGUCGCGAAAGCGGAAGGCCCUUUCGUUCAAGGAGAAAAUUGACAUACUCAAGAAGGUCGACGACAACCCGAAGAAGAAACGUGUCGAGUUGGCGAAGGAGCUAGGCAUAGCACCGACGACGCUGUGCACCAUUGUUGGCCAGCGAGACAUUGUGACGAAGAAUGCCCAGCACUUCGGCGUGAACGUCAAAGAGAUGAAGACCGGUAAACACGUGAAGCUGGAAGAGGUCCUGCUGACAUGGUUUGGGGAAGUUACAGGGGCCGGCGUCGUGGACGGCAAGGUGCUACGCAAGAAGGCAGACAACAUUGCGCUUUCCCUGGGAUUGAAAAUUUCCAAGCUUGCGGGGGAUGGCUGCAUCGUUUUUUAA